UGUGGCAAGAGUGUGGCGAGUAGCAACACAACAAGGUCUUGUUAAGACUCACUCAAGGGCGACACUCACACUCUCCCUCCAUUCUCCCUCCACACUCCCAGUCACUUCACUCCGGUGAGGGUGAUCUAGUGUGACCCGGCGCCACCAGCAGCACCCAUAAAUGGCCUCCAGCCGGGACUCGUCAGAUGGUGGAGGGGACCUUCCUCCUCGACGCAUCCGCCUUAAGGUUAAUGGGGUCAAUUAUUCUGUGGGACCCGAGGUGCCGCCCUGGACGACGCUCGUCGACUUCCUGCGGACGACGGUGAAGGCCGUGGGGACCAAGGUACUGUGUCGCGACGGUGGGUGUGGCGCCUGCACCGUGGUGGCCACGGUACCUGACCUCCAGCACCCCGGCGCCUCCAGCACCUUCAGUGUUAAUGCUUGUCAAAUUCUGACGUAUGCCUGCGCGGGCUGGAGUAUUGAGACGAUAGAGCACCUGGGUACUCGCCACUCAGGAUACCAUUCACUCCAGACCGCUCUGAGUGGCUUCUACGGGACGCAGUGCGGGUUCUGCUCCCCCGGGAUGAUCAUGACUAUGUAUGGACAACUGAAGGCGUCAGGAAGCCUGAGGUCGUCGCAGGUGGAGGAGGCGCUGGACGGCAACUUGUGCCGGUGUACGGGCUACCGUCCCAUACUGGAGGCCUUCAAGUCCCUCACCCUGGACGGACGUCAGCGUCUCAAGGACAGACUUGCAGAUAUAGAGGAGGUGCAUAAAUCACGGUGCCCGAGGACCGGCAGUGCUUGUAAGGGGUCAUGCACCGACCACAAGCCCGGGGAAGAGGCUUGUGGUGAGGCUUGGUCCCCGCUGGAGCCUCAUCACCUGAGGGUCGGCGCCAUACAGUGGUACCGCCCCCUCACUAUACUGGGAAUAAAGAACAUUCUGAAAAACCUGGACCAGACUGAGAAGGUGUGCAUCGUGGUUGGCAACACUGGACAAGGAGUGUACAAAGAGGACGGGCCCUACACCACUUACAUUAGCACUAAUAACGUGAAGGAACUGUACAGCGUUACCACUGAGCCGCCUCUCACCAUGGGAGCCAAUGUCAGCCUCAACAGAGUGAUGGAAGUAUUUGAGCGUGUUGCCAGUAGCCACCAAGGCUACCAGUACCUGACUGUCCUCCGCUCUCACUGGAAACUGGUGGCUAACGUGGCAGUCAGAAACAUUGGAAGUUGGGCAGGUAAUUUAAUGCUAAAGCACAAGCAUCGAGAGUUUCCAUCUGACAUCUUCCUGACGUUGCUGGUGGCAGACGCACAGCUGACUCUGUGUCAGGCAGACAGCUCGACGACAACACAAGUCAACCUGGAGCAGUUCCUUCAGACCGACAUGUCAAGCAGUAUCAUUCUCUCCAUGACGCUGCAUCCCAUGGCUCAAGACGAACAGAUUCGCACGUUCAAGAUAUCUAACCGAGCAGUCAAUUCCCACGCCUAUGUCAGUGCUUGCUUCAAGAUGAAGCUGGAUCCCACAGAUGAUUUCAGAAUAAAAGAGAAGCCUAGUCUGCUGUUUGCUGGAAUAAAUGCAGAUUUUAUCCACGCCGAGCAGACAGAAUCUUACUUGGUCGACAAGCAGCUGACAGACGUAGUGACAGUUGUGGAAGCUGCGAAGAUGCUAGGCAAUGAGAUGACUCCUGACGCUAAACCCCAAGAUGCGUCUCCGCAGUAUCGCAAAUCCCUUGCACAAAGCUUGUUUUACAAGGCUGUAGUUGGGUUCCUGGGAGAGAAAGUGAGUGUUGACGUGCGCAGUGCCGCCACUGUCCUGGAGCGACCUCUCUCAUCCAGCCAGCAGGACUUUGACUUGAAUGAAGACACGUGGCCAGUUGGCAAAGGCAUUCCUAAAGUUGAAUCUGCAACACAAAUAUCAGGUGAGGCUGUGUACCUUGAUGAUGUGCCUCUUCUUCAUAAUGAACUUCAUGGCGCAUUUGUUCAGUCAACUGUUGCUAAUGCCAAAGUUAAGUCCAUCGAUACUUCUGAAGCCUUGAAAGUGGCAGGAGUUGUAGGCUACGUCGGGGCGGCCGACAUCCCUGGACGCAACAAUUUCGUAGUUAACGCAGGCGGACGGCCCGACCCCGUGUUUGUAAAGAAUCGUGUGAAAUACGCUGGCCAGGCGGUGGGUCUGGUGGUGGCUGAGGACCGGGACACAGCCGUGCGAGCUGCCACACUGGUCAAGCUGGAAUAUGAGGACAUUAAGAAGCCUAUUCUCACCAUAGAAGAAGCAUUAGAGCAAGGACGAAAUGAAACAGUAAUGAAUGAUAUUACCGGCAAGAAUGAGCCCUAUAUUCUAGGGAGUCCCGAAGAUGCUUUAGAUGCCGCUAAGCACAAAGUGAUUGGGGAGCUACAACAAGGAUCUCAGUUCCACUUCACCCUGGAAGCUCUGGCUGGACGGGUGACCCCCACAGAAGACGGCUACGAUGUGCUGAGCACGUCCCAGUGGCCCACCGAGACUCAGGCCACAGUGGCUCAGGUGCUCAAUGUUCCAGCCCACAGCAUCAAUGUGUCGGUGCGUCGCAUCGGUGGCGGGUUUGGCGGGAAGAUCAGCAGGCAGCAGCUGGUGGUGUCGGCCGCCGCCGUGGCCGCCCACAAGCUCACACGACCUGUCCGGGUCGUCCUCGACCUCGCCACCCACAUGACCUUAGUGGGCUGGCGAGAGCCAUACAUGUCUAAGUAUGAGGUUGGGUUUGACGACGCGGGCAGACUGGAGGCGGUGAAGGUGGACAUGAUCUCCGACGUGGGCCACGUGGGCAACGAGGCCUCCGUGGGCUCCCUAGCCAGUCGGCUCCACAACACCUACUACCUUCCCAACGUCUUGUUUCGCCCCGUCAUUGUCCGCACCAACACGGCCGCCAACACCUGGUGCAGGACGCCAGGUACUGUGGAGGCUAUUGCGACCAUGGAGAAUAUCAUUGAACACGUGGCUAGCUAUCUGAAGAAGGACCCACUUGAAGUGCGACUUGUCAACAUGGUGGCUCCAGAUGUGGCUCGACUUAUGACUCCACCUCAUGUGAGAAAUGUGGUCAAGGAUGAUAUCUUGCCACAGUUGAUGCAGAAGUCUAUGUACGAGCAGAGGCAGGAGGAGAUCCAGAUAUUCAACCAGGAAAACAAGUGGAGGAAGAGAGGCAUGUCUAUUGUCCCUCUGUGGUACGCCCUCAACUAUCCUUCAGUGUUCCGGUACGGCAUCCAAGUGUCCAUCUACGAGCACGAUGGCACCGUUGCUGUCUCUCACGGAGGCAUCGAGAUGGGGCAGGGCAUCAAUACUAAGGUGGCCCAAGUUGUUGCGUAUGAACUUGGCAUCCCACUGAGCUCUGUUAUACUGAAGGCAUCUGACACCAUGAUUGGCUCCAACUCUAUUGUCACGGGCGGGUCUUUUGGCUCAGACUUGUGUGCUCAUGGAGCGAAAGUAGCGUGUGAGGCCUUACGUAAACGUAUAGACGUGGUCAGGGAGAAGAUGAAGAAGGACACUGGUGAUGACCCGUCUUGGGUGGAGCUCAUUAAGAACUGUCACGCUGAAGACAUUGACAUCUCUGAACGGUACUGGACUGCCGGACGGGAGCACCCCGAGCGCUACGACAUCUGGGCCGCCUGUUGUCUCGAGGUGGAGAUUGACGUCUUAACCGGACAGUAUCUGUUCCGCCGUGCAGAUAUAAUUGAAGACUGCGGGAGGAGUCUGAAUCCGUAUGUGGACAUUGGUCAAGUGGAAGGAGCCUUUGUCAUGGGCAUGGGGCUCUACACAUCAGAAAUGGUGAAAUACGAUACCAGUACCGGCCAAAAGCUGUCAAAUAGCACUUGGGAAUACAAACCACCAACAGCUCUGGACAUCCCGGUUGACAUGAGGAUUAGUCUCUUAUCUAAUACGUCAAACGCUCACGGCGUCCUUGGCUCUAAAGCAACUGGGGAGCCGGCGCUGUGCCUCUCCUACGCUACAGUCACGGCUCUCCGCGCCGCCAUAACUGCAUUCAGAGCUGCAAAUGGAGACGAUGACUGGUUUAACAUGGACACGCCAAUAACCGUGGAGAAGGUGCACCAACUGUGUGGAGUGAGACCAGAGCAGUUCACACUCGUCAGCUCCCUGCACGAGUCCUUCGAUGACUUCUGUCUCGUCACCAAGGACCAACUUCCAACAGAAGCUGCCACCUUCUGCCCUAUUAAUUAAGAGUAGAGAAAAGCUGAAGUUAAACUGUCUUAAUAUCAAAUAGUGAUAAUGAAUUAUCGACAUGUAACGCGAUGCGUCAGUAUUGUAUAUACAUACAUACAGCUAAUAUUAAUGUCUCAUUGGGAUUGUAAACUAAUGUAGUAUUACAAAAUCAUUUAAUGUAAUUAUUUUAUAAGAUUUUAAGAUUAAUCUUUACAGCAUGAAGCUUAUAAUAAUAUGUAACUUUAUGCCUGAAAUUAAGCUUAAUCAAAUAAAUAAUAAAAAUAAA